AUGCCUGGCCUUUCUUCAUAUUCACAACCAAAUCUGUUCAAACUAAUAACCAAAUCUAACUACAAAGCUCAUGAUGCUGUACAAGAUGUUAUUUCUUUACAAAAGCUGGUGCGUGAGAGUAAAUUAGAAAUAUCUGAUGAGAGUUAUGCAAAUGCCACAUUUUCGGUUGAUUCAGCAAAAGAGAGUCAUGGAUAUGCAAAGAGAGUACGAGUGAACCUACCUUCUUUGAAAGGUUUGGUAGGGAGAAAGAUUUUAAGCGGAGCUAUGGCUAGGAAAGCUGCAGGCAGUGGACUAAACUAUAGUUGUUUGAAAUUAGCAUACACAAGGAAUGGAGUGGAUGGUAUAAGAAAUGUUUUUGGAGAGAAGUGUGGUAUGAAAGGGUCGAGAGUAUGGCGAGUUCUAAAUCUCUGCGUCGUGCCCAGGUCCCUCGUUACUUACACGUGUUCUCUGUGUGACAGUGUAGACAACGUAAACUGGUAUUGUAACGACUGUCAAGUGGCGUUGUGUGAUCGCUGUAAGGAAGUCCAUACACGCGGGAAGAAAACUAGAAACGAUGACGUCGUAUCGAUAGGAAAGGCCAGCCGCCAGGAAGAUAAGCCUGUACCAGAGGUAUGUAAACUACACCCCAGUAAACGCUGUGAUCUCCACUGCGCCGACUGCAAUGAGAUGUUAUGUUCAAUAUGUGUAUCUAAAACGCAUAAACAUCACAAUUGGAAACAUUUGGAAGAAACACUUCCAGCAGUAAAGGAACAGAUCAAGGAACAUAUGGGGGCAAUAUCCGGGAAAAUAGAACUUUUCAAAAACGAGAUUUCAAAGCUGCAUCGUGCUAACAAAGCAUCCAUCGACAACAUUGACACAACUCGUAAACAUGUAAAUGCUCAAAGGUCUGAAUUAAUAGCAGAAGUAAAUUCAGUCGCGGAUGCAGUGCUUGAUGAGUUAUCGGCCUUGGAGAAGGAAGAAUCGGUGGCACAUAAAACAGAUUGUCAACAAUAUGAGGAAAAGGUUCAAGAGCUGACACUUUUACAUGGAAAGGCGGAAGCAACGAAAACAAAUAGAUCAAUUAUAUCGUUAUUGAAAUAG